CCCGCGGCCCCGCUGCCACCCGCACGGCCCAGCUGCUCAGGUAGACGUGGGGCUCGGCGGGGCCCAGCGGGGCGGCGGCCACCACCGCGGCCACCACCAGUUCCGCCAGCGCCAGGAGCGGCCUCGGUCCCGCCGCCAUCGGGGCCACGGGGGUUGAGCGGGCGUUGUCAUGGCGACAGCGCCGCCCCGCCCCUCCCGCCGCCGUCGCAGCGGCCCCGGGGCAGCGGGGGGAGGCGGCCGGUCGGACCGGAGCCGCCGCAGCCACCAUGGGCACGGUGCCGCAGCGCCUGCAGCGCCUCCUCGAACACCCCGGGCCGCUCGGUGACCUGCUGGGUCGUCUGGAGGCCCGCACCGGCGUCCGGCGGCUCUACCUGGCCACAGGCUCUGUGACCUUCCUGGGGCUGUACCUUGUGUUUGGCUACGGUGCUUCGCUGCUCUGCAACCUCAUUGGCUUCGCCUACCCUGCAUACGUCUCCAUCAAAGCCAUCGAGAGCUCCAGCAAGGAGGAUGACACCACGUGGCUGACGUACUGGGUGGUGUAUGGCAUCUUCAGCGUAGCCGAGUUCUUCUCUGACAUCUUCCUCUACUGGUUCCCCUUCUACUACGCUGGGAAGUGCCUGUUUCUGCUGUGGUGCAUGGCGCCCGUGUCCUGGAACGGGUCGCAGGUGCUCUACCAAAACAUCAUCCGGCCCUGGUUCCUCAGGCAUCACCGGACUGUGGACAGUGUGCUGGGCAACCUCAGCGCCAAAGCCCUGGACACAGCUUCCAGUGUCACCAGACAAGCCUCCGGAGCAGCCGUGACCCCGGCGCGGAAAGCGGAGAAGAGACAGUGAGAGCCACCACGACCCCAACCUGAGCGCCAGGCCCCACCGCUGUUGCCCCCCCACCCAAUAAACCGCCGGGGGUGCUCCCCGAACCGCC